UUUACAUACAGUCAUCCCUCUCCAUCACCGACUUCAAACCAACCUCAAUCAAGAUCACUCUCAAGAGCCAUCAUGGCCUCAUUUGAAUACAGUGCGACCACAAUUCAGGACCGCCUCGCAGCGGCAGCCUCCCAAAACAUGCAACUUCUCAAGACGAUCUCCGAGACCAGCUACGCCACCUCUGAGUAUCAGCAAACCAACAAAUUCAUCGGGGAUCUAAAGAAACAAAUUUCUAUUGAAGAGAAGAAGCUCAAAGACGUCAACCGUGCCGUGGACAUCGAAUAUGCUCAGCACAAGAAAUACCGGGAUUCACAUGUGAGGCGACUCGCAUAUAAGAUCGGCGGCAAGAAAGACAAAUUCGAAGCUGACGCCACCAAAGAGGAGAAAGAAUGGUUGGAUGCGGUUGCUAUACAGCUUCAGACCAAAAAAGCCCUUGAGCACUUGAACGUCAAGCUUGCACAAAUCACGAAGAAGAAUGCAAAUUUGAUGGGCGUGAUGCGCGUCCGAACCACUGCCGGUCUAGAGCUUGAUGCCCUGUACAAGUCGAUCUUUGAUGGUCCAACACCUGAGAUUCCCGAAGAAGAUCAGAAAGAGAAGGAAUGGUUGCAAGCGGAAUUUAAUUUCAACAUGGCCGGAGUCAUGCUCAACACCGAAAAACAGGCUGAUGACAUCCUCGUGGAUGCUGACAAGUUCAUGAACUUUGCUAUCCGGGACAUUAUCUCAGCUCGCGAGGCUUCAGGCUAUGACCUCUGGGGCGUUGGAGGUGUUUGGACGGAGAUGUCUGAGAACAAUUCUCUUGUCUCCUGUGAACAGAACGUUCGACAGGUUGAGAUGCUCAUCUUGCAGGCGCAGAGGAUUCAACCGGCCGUGCGGAAUAUCGGCGAUAUGAGAGUCGCACAAAUGAACUUCAUGACGAAUGUGGUUUUUGACAAUAUCUUCUCGGACCUGGAUAUGCGGGAUCGGAUCAAGCGGUCUCAGGCACAGUUGAAGAUGGCUCAGGCAAAUCUCACUGCUGAGCUGCAAGCGGCCAGGGAAAGAACAACGGCGGCACAGACCGAGGUGAAUGGGGCUAAAGCUGUGCUGGAUCAGAAGAGACUGGAGUUGCAGCACAUUAGAUUGGUAGCUUUGAAAAGUUGGUAAGCGAGCGCGGGAUGGCUGAUCGAGGAGCACCACCUCCUUACGUGAUGGAAGGGCAGAAGGUUUAAAACGCUGGAAAUGCUUCAAAGACGUUAAUGGUUCUCCCUGCAGGUCCUCAUAUCUGUCUUCUCUUUAGGCCCGUCUUAUAUUUUGCUCGCUUUCUGUUUAUGACAGCACCAAAUUCCUAUAGUUUGGUAGCGGGGCGUAAAGUAGCAAAUAUGACUUUGAUGGUCAUUUUUAUCUCCUUUAAAUCCUGUUAUUUGCCUACAGUUACAUGGAGAGUCUUUGAUUAAUACGAGCUCACAUAGUACCCAGGAUUAUGAGCCAGCUUCUCGCGGUACUUCUCUAGCACCUCACUCUUCGAACCAAAAUCAACAUCCGCA